AUGCAAAGGUGGGGGUUGUGGGCCGCGGCCUCACUGACCCUCCUUUCUGCACAGGCUUUUCCACAGACGGACAUCAAUAUCAGCCCAGCCAUGCCCGAGCUGCCCCCGGCUUCUCUGUGCCCACUGUUCUGGAUGGAGUUCCAAGGCCACUGCUACCGAUUUUUCCCUCUCAAUAAGACUUGGGCCGAGGCUGACUUCUACUGUUCUGAGUUCUCCAUUGGCAGGAAGUCUGCGAAACUGGCCUCCAUCCACAGCUGGGAAGAGAAUGUCUUUGUGUAUGACCUUGUGAACAGCUGUGUGCCUGGGAUCCCAGCCGACAUCUGGACGGGGCUUCACGAUCACAGACAGGAAGGGCAGUUUGAAUGGACCGACGGCUCCUCCUAUGACUACAGCUACUGGGACGGAAGCCAGCCGGACGACGGUGUCCACAAGGACCCAGAAGAGGACUGCGUGCAGAUAUGGUACCGGCCCACCAGCGCUCUGAGGUCAUGGAAUGAUAACACAUGCAGCCGCAAGUUCCCCUUCGUCUGCAAGAUCGCGUCUCUGACCAUUCACUGA